ACCUGUGCUGUAUGGGGACUAGGGGUUACUAAUUACCGUGUGAGGUGUGUGAGGCGGUGAAAUUAGUGGAAAUAAGCCCAUGUGGAGGGGGACAGAGGCACCGGGUCGUGUUGACAUCGUGGGGUAAUUUGUCCCUAAUAACAAGCUCAUUUAUCACCGCUUUUGCUCCUCGGUAUCAUGUUGUGAAUGUGUGUUAGUGCCUUCCACGGGUGUGUCCAUUCAAGAAACUCACGUGACUGCUGUAAUGAGGCGGCCAUGCAGUGAAAUAAGAAUGAAAUGAGGGUGUGCAGUUGUGAGUGGGAGGGGUGAGUGAGGCAAGAGAGAUGAGACACCACCAGACUCGUCCCUUAUGAGGAAGAGAAGAGGCAGGAAGAGGCUGAGAAUGGAUGCUCCACUGGCUAUAGAAAUUACUGCCGAUUUGGACGAUGCUGAAGACAGGAAGGAAAAUGGAGAUAAAGAGGAAGAAGAAGAGGGAGAAGGAGGAAGAGAAGAUGUGGAGGAGGAGAAAGAGGAGGAGGAAAGUGUAAAUGAUGUUGAUGUGGUUUUGGGAGAUGCUGUUUCUACUACUACUACUACUGCUACCACUACUACUUCUACAUCUACUACUACUAUGAGUGGAGAAGGAAGAGAAGAUGCAGAGGAGGAGGAGGAGGAGGAGGAGGAAAGUGUAGAUGAUGUUGAUGUUGCUGUUUCUGCUACUACCACUACUACUACUACUGCUACUGCUACUGUUGGUACGACUAUUGCUACUACUUCUACUGCUACUACUAUUUCUACUACUACUACCUCUGCUGUUCUUUCUACAUCAUCACCACCACCAUCACCAUCACUACCAUUGUCAUCACCACUACCACCUGCACUAUCCUCAUCACAAUUAUCUGAGUCACCACCAUUGCCCUCAUCACCAUCACCACCACCAUCACAAUCACUGGAGAAGUUAGCGGAGUCAUCAUCACAUCAGUCACCACCACCAUCACCACCUGAUCCUCUUGCAUCACUGGUACAAUCAUCACAAUCAUCACCACUAUCCCAACAAUCACCACCACAAUCACCACUAUCCACCACCAUCACCACACCACAGUUACAGUCACCACAACCUACCACCACACCACCACCACAAUCAUCACCACCUCCUCCUCCAACUACACCACCACCUUUACAAUCACCAUCCCCACUGCAAUCACCACAGUCAUCACCACCUCCUACCACACCACCACAAUCACCACCUCAUACCAGCACACCACCACCACAAUCACCACCGACCACCACCACCACUGCCACCACUACCACCACCACCCUGCCUCCCGGUCUGACACAGGAGGUGGUGGUGGCGCAACUGAAUCAGCUGCAACAAACUGUGGUGUCGCACAUCUUGCAGUACCAGGCCGGCAUCAUUGCUCAGUUCCAGCAGAUUCAACAGCAAAUGUUAUCGCAGCUGAGUAGCACCACCACCACCACUACCACAACAACCACCACCACUACUGUAGCCAUCACUCAGCCACAGAGCCCAUCCCAGGCCACCACCAACACUGCCACCUCCACCACCACCACCCUGGCUUCCAUACAGACCCCCAUCACCAUCACCACCGCCACCACCCCUGCCACUGCCACACCACCGCCACCAUACUCAGACAGGGUGAUGCGGAAGAGGAAAGUGUCGAGCAUCAUUGCAAAGGAAGACCCACCUCAAGGGAGAGAAGUCCACAUGAAGAGAAAGAGAACUGCCUUUAAUGAGAAGCAAUACAAAGUGCUGGAGACCACAUUCGAGCACAACAACUUCCCUGAGCCAAUAGACCAGCACUGCAUUGCCCUGCGCAUCAAAACGCCAUACCGGAGCAUCAAAAUGUGGUUCCAGAAUAGACGAGCCAGCGUGCGGAAGAGACUCACGCCGCAGGAAAAGGGAGCACCAAACCCUGACAGCAGACCCAUCAAGAAUGCCAGCGACCCAGACGCCCGCUGGUACUGCUCCCUCUGCCCCUCCACCUUCAUCGCUAAGAAGUUCCUGGACAGCCACCGUGAGGCUCACAAGCAGGAGACGCUGUACUGCCCAGACUGCCACCUUGGCUUCACCCACAAGGUGCUGCUGGACACCCACCGCAUCUCAAAGUGUUCAUCCAAAACUGGCAUCGACCUCACCCACCUCAAGGAUGAGGCCAUCGAUCCCCCGCCGCCGCCGCCGCUGCAGAACUUGUCGCACCGCCGCUCCCUUAGGAUCAAGGAGGAGGCUGCCUCUCCUUCACCACAGCAGCAGCAGCAGCAGCAGCAGCAGCAGUCUGCAGCCACAGCCACUCCAACCGCAGCUGUGGUGCAGCAAGGCUUCUCCCUCCAGGCUGGCCUUCCUCUUCUUCUCCUCCAGAAGCUGCAGAAACAGCAGGAGCAGCAGCAGGAAACUACAGCACCAACAGUAGCAUCUGCUGGGUCCUCCCCACCCCCUCUGGUGCAGGCCAACCCCCUCAUCCUGCAGCAGCAGCAGCAACAGCGGUUGAUCCAGCAGCUGCUGCUGGCACAGCUGCAGCAGGCUAAGGAUGGGCAGCAGAGUGUGGUGGUGAAACAGGAGGAGGAGCAGCACCAGGAUGAAGAGGAGGAGGAGGAGGAGGAGGACGACGACAAGAAACAGCAGCAGGAGGAGGAGGGAGGGCUGGGGCUGGUGGAGCAGCGUGCCAUCAAGGAGGAGAUCCACAUCAAGGAGGAGGCACACGAGGUGGAGCAGGACGUUCAGGAGGAGAUGGACACCGGGGGAGGAGGAGGAGGAGGAGACGAGGGAAAAGUGGAGGAACGCCCCCACUCCCCCUCCUCCUCCUCCUCCACCAUCACUUACUCUGAGCAGCUCAAACAGACCAUCCAGCAGCAGAUCCAGCAGAUCCAGCAGAACCAGCUGCAUCUCAAGCUGCAGCAGAUCCAGCAGAAGCAGAAGCAACUGCAGCAGCAGCAGCAGCAGGGCUCCAGCACUGGUGGGGAGGACACCCCCAACAACAGCCACAUGGUGGUGUCCCUGGGGCCGGCAGAUAGUGGUGGGCAGGAGACACCACGCAUCAGGGUGAAGGAGGAGCUGCAGGAGGGUGGCAGUGCCUGCAAGGAGCCGCUCACCCUGCAGGACCAGAUCUCCUCCAUCCUCAAGAACCACGGCCUCAAGUCCCCAUGGCGCACCACCUCGCCCCCCGUCAAGGGUGAGCCCGGUGGGGGGGAUGGGGACAAGGGACCCCAGCAGGAGCGGGAGUCCAUGCAGGAGCAGAUCCAGGCCAUCCUCCGCCACCAGCAGGAGCAGCGGCGCAAGAUGGAGAAGGCCGGCGACGAGACAGAUGUGUCAGAGGAGACGGCCAUCAACAGCAUCAAGCGUUGCCGGCGCCGCACCACAGUGUUCAAUGAGGUGCAGCUGCGCACUCUCUACCUUCACUUCACCUACUGCAACUUCCCCGACCCUUCCAUGUUCAAGAUCAUCGGCAGCCUCACCAAGCUGGAGCCACAGGUCAUUAAGAUCUGGUUCCAGAAUGAGCGGUCCAGGCAGAGGAAGAGAGCGGCUCACUUCCUCGACGAAGUGAACUCCAAGGAGAAGCCGUACAAGUGCCGUGACUGUGGCAUGUCCUUCGCCAUGCUGACUUUCCUGGUGAAGCACAGCAUGCGGCAUAGCGGGGAGACAGACGCCGCCGCUGCUGCCAGGGAGGGUGCGGUGCGGACCUGCCCACUAUGCCUGCAGAAAUGGAACCGUGAGGUGUUUGCGUCACACCUCAAGAGUCGCCACAACGUGAACUGGUCGCUGGUGGAGGAGCGCGCCGGCGGCUCCCUCACCUGCCACCUGUGCUCCAAGCAGUUUUCGGACCAGGACAGUCUGAUGGUGCACAAACACCGCCACCUGGACGAGGACCAUGGGGUGCCACCCCAGUGCCGCCGUUGCAAGACCACCUUUGUCAAUGCAGUGUGCCUGGAGGCCCACAUGGAGACUCACCAGCAGGAGUGGAGCUUCCUGUGCACGCUGUGUGACGCACCCUUCCCCGACAAGGUGCUGUUGGCCUCCCACCAUAUGGGACAUGGCAUGCCCCUGGCCGUGGUCAGCACUCUGGACCGCUCCCGCUCACAGCUGCAGCACACCUCCGUCAGGAAGCUACAGACCCGUGGCCGCCGCCCCAACCAGGCCACCUCACCAACCACCACCACUACCACUGCUUCCACCACCACUGCCACCAACAGCGAGGGCUCCUCUGAGCCAGAGUCCACCACCCCGUCCAGCCCUUCCUCCACCCCUAAGUCUGCCUCCCCUCCCACCACCUCCGCCUCAGACACCCAGGCAGUGUCCACCUCCCAGGUGGUGCCAUCAUCGGCCAUCCUGACCACACCCCAGGGUGUGGGUGGCCUACCCCUCACCCCCCCGUCCUCCUCGGGGCCAGUGAGCUACGUCAAGCUGAUCCCCAUCCAGCUCAUCCCUGUCAACAACGCCGGCGGGGUGGGGCAGAAGGGCUCCAGCGGCACCACAGGGAGCCUCGCUGGGACCACCACCACCUUCAUCUCUGUGCCGGUGUCCCUGAAGGGUGCUGGGGAUGGUGCCACGCCUGUGUCCGGUGCCUCUUCCAUUGUGAACUACUUGGUGGAGGCACCGCCGGCAACACUCAAGCCGGGGGAGCGCCACCGGGCCAAGGCACUGCCCAACCUUAUCCCUAUCGGGGCCACCGCUGCCCCCGCUACCCUGCCCCUCAAGGAGAAGAACACCUCUGAGGCACGCAGCCCCCCUGCCUCCCUCAAGGGCCGCCCCGCCCUCAGAGAUGGCAGGAACGGCCUCAACACUGAGAACAGAGACAAGGCUGGUGACCACGAUGGCCACGAGGGUGAGGCGCAGAUCGGCGAGGCGGGGAAGGGUGAUAUGAGGACACCCCAGGACCCACCACCACCAACACACCAGAUCGCAGGCAAGAAGAGGUACGUGCCCAUCCUGCCCAUGAUCCCCCUUCCAGACACACCCCCACACUCCUCCACACCCCCCGUCACACCACCCACGAGCCACCACCUCAGGCAGCCCCGAGUAGCCUCCACCAAGCGGCCGUGGCAGGGAUAUGACCGCGGCGGCUACAAACGGCGCCGCACUCCGACCUACUUCACGGGCAGCCAGAGGGAAGUGUUGGAGAUGCACUUUGAGUACAACAACUUCCCUGAGCCGGUUGAGCAGGUGGCCAUUGCAAGCCAGCUGGGCGUGGAGUACCCGGUGGUGAAGACCUGGUUCCAGAACACCAGGAAGAACAUGAGGAAGCAGCUCAAGGAGGAAGCAAACUAUGACCAGGAUGGGCCGUUCCACUGUCACAAGUGUGGUGUCGCCUUCAUCACCCGCGCCGCCCUCACCGCUCACUGUGACCGCCACAAGGACAAGACCAGCUUCUUCUGCGGUGACUGCUGGAUGUACUUCACUCACCCGGCAGUCUUUAACACACACCUCAUGAGCCACGCUGGUAAAUUUGGAGACAAAAAGAAGAAGGCUUUGAGUUGUGAGGAAGAGGAAGAGGAGGAAGAUGAAGAAGAGGAAGGUGGAGGCAGCCAGAUCGAAGGUGAUGAAGAGGAAGAUGAUGAUGAAGAGGAGGAGGAGGAGGAAGAGGAGAAUGAGAGACAAACAAAACGUAAGAAAGUGAGAGGAAAAGGAGAUGAAAACAAAACAUACUCAAAGGAAGAGGAGGAGGAGGAUGAAGAUGAGGAAGUGAAUGUGGAGGAACUAGAUGAUGAAGAGGAGGAGGAAGAGAAGGAUGACGAGGAGGACUACCACUCCAUCAUGCCGGUGGAGUGCAUCCUCGACGAGCAAUCUGAGGAGGAAGUCGAUGUAGGAACACCAGGAACACCAGGCAACACCGAAUCCACCGGCCACAAGUGUCCUUCCUGUGAGGAGAGCUUUGCAUCGCUCAUCUCCCUCAAGGAACACACCUCUCUGCACUGCUCCCGGCGGCGGCGGCGGCGGUCCACCUCCCCGCCAUUCGUGGCUGCCUGCACCACCACCACACACCUCAACACCAGCGGGGAGCCACGGCGGGAGUUCUGCAGCUCCAUACGUUGCUUUGAGUGCCGGUCGCUGUUUCCGGACCGCCAGUCAUUCAUGCAGCACUUCUCUUUGACACGGUGCAGCCUCAACCGCCAGCGCAUUGAGUACACAGAAGAGGAGCAGAGCAUCUUGGCCACACACUACAGGGAGAACAACUUCCCCAUGCCAGCCGAGAUGAGUCUGCUGGCCAAGCGACUCGGGGUGCGCUACAGGCAGAUCAUGCACUGGUUCCAGAAUAGACGCAGCAAGGAACGCAAGCAGCAGAGGGAGAACAAGAACCCGCCAGUGGAGUGUGUGGAGUGCAAGUCAACCUUUGUGACGGAGCAGAACCUGAAGAGUCAUCAGGCAGCAGUGCACAGCGGUGCCAAGGAGAGCGCUGUGGAGUUCCCCUGCUCUGCACCGGGCUGUGAUGCCUCUUUCACCAAUGAGGACCUGCUGGUGACUCACAAGCUAGCUCACCUGCCCGAGUCUGAGGGAAAUGGCAUGGGCAGCAGUCGUUUGACAAUCCUGGGACCAAAACCACAGUGGAAGAACUUCACAGUGACAGUUCUGGAGGCACACUACAGCGACAACAACUUCCCCGAGCCGAUGGACAUUGGCUACAUCGCGCGCCGCCUUGAUGUCGACCCUCUGCAUAUACACAUGUGGUUCAAGGAGCGAAGGAACCAGCACAUCCGCAAGCUGGAGGAGAGUGGGCGGGUGGUGGUGGAGGGCGGCCUAGCGGUGAGCAGUCAGCGUGCCCUCAGCAGGGUCUGCAACACCUGCGACGCUGCCUUCAUCUGCCAGACUGACCUGGACACACACUCCGAGAUGCACAAGUCAUCAUCUUGGGCUCAGAAGUGUAACAUGUGCAGCAAAGAGUUCAGUAAUGUCAUCGCUCUGGAGACACACUGGAUCAGACAUGGUGUAGAGUUCAUGGGGGAGGCAGGGGAGGGCACCAAGCAGGAGGCCAACACCACUGCCACCACCACUUCCACCACCACCACCACCACCACUCCUGCACCACCACCACUGCCAGCACCUGAGAGGAUGGCCAAGGCUUCCUUCACGGGAUUGCAGCUAAAGGUGUUGGACGGCCACUACCAGCAGAACCACUUCCCUGGGGCGGCCGAGGUGUGGCUGGUGGCGCGUCGCCUGGGGCUGCGGCCCAGGCAGGUCACACAUUGGUUCCAGAAUCGCCGUGGACGAGAGCGCCGCGCCCACAAGGUGACCACGCCGGCAUCACAUCCAUGCCUGUGGUGUGGCUCAGCCUUCAUCACACCAGCCGCCCUGCGCCGCCACCGCCGCCACCACCGCAACACUGCAGCGCGCCAUGGCUGCGGCCGCUGCUCUGCCGUGUUCCUCACCCCAAUGCUGCUGGAGACACACUCUCUCUUCCACCAGAAGUCGCCACACAGCCGCUCCGCCUCACCCUGCCACCGCCCACCAGACUCCAGCCGGGACCCACUGGCGGUGGGUCAGGUGCGGCCCGGCACGCUGCCACCACCCUCUGACACUGACGAGUCAGACGGCAGCGAGCCAGAACUGAGCAUUGACCUGACCCCCACACCAGCCACAGAGGAGGGCCAGGGUGAGGCAGGCACAGCCAGCACUCCCCCAGCACCCAGCUGGCACACGCCCCAGCCCGCCAUGGAGGAGGUGGAGGAGGAGAUGGCAGAGAUGCUGCGCCACGCCGGCAUUGAGGUGAUGGAGGAGGGUCUGGCUGGCAAGGAGUCAGCUGGGAGUAGGGACGAGGCGGCCAGCGGAACGGGUAAGGGUGAGGCGGCUGAGGCUAAGGCGGAUCAGGGUGAGGCAGGUGAUGAUGAGGCGGGUGACAUGCGAGGGCAGGAGUUCACACUGACGGAAGAGGAGGCAUCGGCUUCCUUGGAGAAAGACGUGAUAUGCGAGCAGGUGUUCUUUGACGACCACACUGACUCAGAGGACGACUCUGAGGAGGAGGAGCCCCGCCUGAAGAUAGUGAGUGCUUACACCAUAUCACCGUCGGAGAGUGACAAGGCCAGGGCCAGCCAGGCACAAUGAGGCUGGCCGCUGCCACUCACCCAGGCUCCCAUAAUGCAAUACUCUAGGUCGGGUCAGCUGACACUUACAAACACUUACCAGGAAACUUACAAAACUGUUACAAAUAUCUGAGAGUCAAGGAAGCUGUUCAAUGCUGCGGAAUGCUGUGCUGUGAUGCGCAAGGCAGUUCUGAAGCUGUGCGGCAGCUUGAGUGGCAACGUGUGGUGAUGUGGCGGUGUGUGAAGCUAGAGGUUUGUUAGAAAGCUUUUGUUUAAUGAGUGUGGUGAGGCUGUUAUGGGAAUGGUGAGGGAUAGUGUUAAUGUGUAGUGAGGCUGUGGUGGUGGUGGUGGUGUUGCUGCUGUCACCAUUACCUGCCCUGCUGUGCUGCCCCGUGCUGUUACAAAGGGAUGUUGUUGUUAGGAGGUGUUUCCAAAUCUGCUCUGUGUGUGUGUGUGUGUGUGUGUGUGUGUGUGUGUGUGUGUGUGUGUGUGUGUGUGUGUGUGUGUGUCUCUGCUCGCUCACUCACGGCUGUCUCAAGUCACGUCUUGGCUGUGUUAUAUCACUUCUUAUUUUGUGAAUGGCUGUUGACGAAGAGAAGUUUGUUGGUUAGUUGGUGGGUUGGUGUUGAGAAGCUUGUAGUGAGGAGGUGUUAGUGGUGUGGCGGCUUUUGUUGCUGUUAGAGGGUUUACUGGUUACUGAUGCAUGUUACCACUGGGUGACUUAGAGAGCUUAACUGUUUGAGUGCCAUCAGGAACAUAUAAAAGACAACAUACAAGUUAGUCACACAAUUAAAGGAUGUUACAAAAUGUUCUCAAGACAAAAUGUGGCAUUACGACGAA